AUGGCCGGUAACAACUGGCUGAGGCAUUUUGCCUUGGCUGCUUCCGCAACAGUGCUUGUUGGUCAAACAUCAGCCCAGAAUGCCUCCGCGAAUGGAAUCGUUGUUGAUGGCACGUCCUUUGCCCUCAAUGGUGACCACACGUCGUACCGCUUUCAUGUGGAUGAGCUCACUGGCGAUCUUCUCACCGACCAUUUCGGAGGUUCGGCUACUGAGAGUAUGGCAAUGCUUGCUCCAGAGGUCAACGGAUGGGUGGACAUGAUCGGCCGUGUCAGACGGGAGUACCCUGAUCUUGGCCGUGGGGACUUCAGAGUCCCCGCACUGCAGAUUCGCGAGACAGCUGGGUACACCGUCAGUGACCUCCAGUAUCGAUCUCACAGGGUCGUCCAGGGCAAGCCUGGCUUGCCUGGACUUCCGUCCACGUUUGGGACUGAGAACGACGUCUCAACGUUGGUCGUUUCCCUCUUCGACAAUUACAGUUCAAUCGCUGUCGAUCUCUCUUACUCAAUUUUCCCGAAGUACGAUGCCAUUGUGCGGAGCGUCAACAUCACCAAUGAGGGCCAGGGAAACAUCACGGUGGAGAAGGCUGCAAGUCUCAGCGUGGACUUGCCAUUUGACGACAUGGAGUUCCUUGAGCUGAGAGGAGACUGGGCACGAGAGGCCAUGAGAACCCGCCGGAAGAUUGAUUACGGCACGCAAGGGUUCGGAAGCACAACCGGGUACUCUUCUCAUCUCCACAACCCUUUCCUGGCACUUGUAUCUCCGGAUACGACCGAAUCUCAGGGUGAAGCCUGGGGAUUUUCCCUAGUCUACACAGGUUCAUUUUCCGCCGAGGUUGAGAAAGGGUCUCAAGGUUUCACUCGGGCCAUGAUCGGCUUCAACCCUUACCAACUCUCUUGGCCGCUCGGACCAGGAGAGACUCUUACAACGCCUGAGGUUGUCGCCAUCUAUUCCAACACAGGAAUUGGUGGCAUGUCUCGAAAGUUUCACCGACUCUACCGGAAGCACCUCAUGAGAAGCAAGUUCGUCACCGAGCCUCGCCCGGCAUUGCUCAACAGUUGGGAGGGACUCUACUUCAACUACAACGAGAGCACCGUCUACGACCUUGCCCAGGAGGCUGCACAACUUGGCGUCAAGCUGUUCGUUCUCGAUGACGGCUGGUUCGGCCAGGAGUACCCCCGAUUGAACGACACGGCCGGUCUUGGAGACUGGACGGUCAACCCGACUCGCUUCCCGGAUGGCCUGCCUGCUCUUGUGAAUAAGGUCACGAAUCUGCAAGUUACCAAUUCUUCCGACAAGUUGCAGUUUGGUCUGUGGUUUGAGCCCGAGAUGGUCAACCCCAACUCGACUCUUUACCAUGAGCACCCUGAUUGGGCCCUCCAUGCGGGGCCGUACCCUCGCACGAUCCGACGAAACCAGCUCGUCCUUAACGUGGCUCUUCCUGAGGUCCAGGAGUAUAUCAUCGCAUCAGUUUCCAGUAUCCUUUCCAGCGCUCCCGUCACAUAUGUCAAAUGGGACAACAACAGAGGUUUUCACGAGACACCUACCCCUGGCAUCGGCCUCUCCUAUAUGUUGGGAAUGUACCACGUCUUUGAGACCCUCACUUCUCGCUUCCCCGAUGUUCUUUGGGAGGGUUGCGCGUCUGGUGGCGGCCGCUUCGACCCCGGUGUUCUUCACUACUUCCCUCAAAUCUGGACUUCCGACAACACUGAUGCUCUGGAUCGUAUUUCCAUUCAGUUUGGCACAUCCCUCGCCUACCCGCUCGCUGCCAUGGGUGCCCACGUCUCAGCGGUGCCCAACCACCAGACCACGCGUACAAUCCCCAUCAAGUUCCGUGCUCACGUUGCCAUGAUGGGCGGUUCCUUCGGUCUCGAAUUGAACCCAGCCGAGAUCUCUGACGAGGACAAGGUCCAUAUCCCAGAAUUGCUGGCUCUCAAUGAAGUGGUCAACCCAAUUGUGAUUGGAGGUGAUCUGUGGCGAUUGAACCUGCCUGAGAAAUCCAACUGGCCAGCUGCCAUGGUCAUCUCCGAGGACGGGUCCCAGGCUGUUCUCUUCUACUACCAGGUCAGAUCCUGGUACAACCACGCCCUGCCAAGGCUCCGCCUGCAAGGAUUGGACCCAACUGCUUCUUACUCGUUGGACGGCAACGGCACCUACUCCGGAGCAACUUUGAUGAAUACUGGAUUUCAGUACGCAUUUGAGGGAGACUACGACAGUCGUGUGGUUAUUAUCAAGAAGACUUAA